GGAUCACCCGAUCCUUCAUUGUGUCGUGUGGUGUGUAAAGUGAGAUCGUUUAGCUAUAUCACAGUACCUUAAGUUUGCUGUUCCUGUUAGCAAACAUCAGCGGGUACUACAUCGGCAAGAAUUAUCAAAGCAAAAGUAAUAUAACCCGACCAAAUCCGUGUGUUGGGGAGGGUUUGCUGAGCGCGUAUAGCAAAACUGCCAGACAAAAUGUACGACCUGGAGGACACGACCAGCGGAUUCCACGACGCGCUGAGCAAAUACGGUACGACAAUGUCCUCAAUGUCGGACCUGUACAUCACCGACUCGAUGCAGGAUAUGCUCGACAUCGACAUCAAGUCGGAGGUGACGACCGUGGUGGGAGGUGUGAAUGAGUUUGUUUCGCUGAUGAACUACGAUCUGCCCUCGCUCGAGCUGGACUCCAACUCCCUCGAUGGGGACAGCUUCUUCAGCAGCACCCUCGGAAUGGCGAGCAACGAUCUCUAUCCGGAGGUGGGAACCUGCGCCAAUCCGAACUACGUGAUGCCCGUGCUGUCCUCGGUAUCGUUCCCGAACGGGAGCAUUCUGUCGGGUGCGUCGGCAUCCACCCCGUCGAUAAAUGCCCUGGUCGCUGCCCAGUCGCUGCUCAAGUCACCGAAACAGAACAUUAACCUCAACACGACCGUGCACGGUACGGCCGGGUCCAACCCGACACUGCCCAGCCCCAAGGAACGGAAAAGCCAUCUUACGUUUUCGCCCAACACGAUCAAGGUGUCCACGGUGCAGGAAUCGAAGAAGAUCUCCAACCUGGCACAGAUCACACGUGUCGGGACUGGUGGUACGAUCUCCUGUACGUCCCUUGCGCCGUCGACUCCGGUCGACAGCGUGCGCAAAGACCUGUCCUCGCAGAUGACGAUCAAGGAAGAAACGAUCAUUGUACGGAAUGGGGUGGUAAAGAGCGCUAGCGAUCACUACGUAACAAGCGGGAGUAAUGUAACGAUCGGUGAAACGACCGUUGUACACCGGACAUCUUCCACCGGUUCACCGGGGCUUGGAGUGGGACUGGGCAAGGGCAACACCGUCAAGCUGGCUCAUGGCAUCGGAGCACUGACGUUCGCGAACAGUAUACCGUACAAGAACAUCAAAAGCGUACAGAAGAUUAGCAAUGGCAUUGGUUUGAACAGUGGUGCGUCCAGCCCGAAAACCUUCAACCGUAGCAUGAUCUUGGAGCAGGUGGGUGCUAAACCGGGUGGCAUCGUCACCGUAACGCACGGAGGCUCCCCAACGACAAUGAUCGCCCGACAGAUGCAGCGAGCGAUGACACCGACCGGGCCGAAACAGAAAUCCAUCAAGUCGGUUGGUUCGCAGGGAGGCGAAAGCGAAUUCCCCAAACCGGCCUAUUCAUACUCGUGUCUGAUCGCAAUGGCACUGAAAAACUCUCGCUCCGGAUCGCUGCCGGUGUCGGAAAUCUACAGCUUCAUGUGUGAACACUUCCCGUACUUCAAGACGGCACCGACCGGCUGGAAGAACUCCGUCCGGCACAAUCUGUCGCUUAACAAGUGCUUCGAAAAGAUCGAAAAGCCAGCAAUGAACGGAGGCCAACGGAAGGGUUGCCUGUGGGCGAUGAAUCCGGCCAAGAUUGUGAAGAUGGACGAGGAGGUGCAGAAGUGGUCCCGAAAGGAUCCGCUCGCUAUCCGGCGAGCAAUGGUACAUCCCGAACAUCUGGAGGCACUCGAACGGGGCGAGAUGAAGCACGGCUCGACCGGUGACGAUGAUCUGGACGUGGAGGAAGAUCUCGAGAGCGACGGAGGACCGUCCGAUGUGGACGCGGAAGAGGUGGACGAGGAGGUCGUGGAUCCGGAGGAGGAGGACGAUGAGGAGGAGGAUGAAGAGGAUGAUGUGGAGCUGAUCGAGCCACAGCACGAAACGAUCGAUGUGGAUGCGGAAAGCUUCAUCAUCAAUACGCCGGAAUCGUUGAUCGACGGUGACGAGGACGGUGGUGAUGCGGUUGAUUUUGAACUGGAGGUUCCCGACUUUUAUGAAAAUAUUAAUGUAGAUUCGAAAGACAGUACGCUCGCGCUAGAGUUCACCCAGCAGGAUCUUCUAUCUCUGGAAGAUGAAGAUGAAUCGCUGUACAUUAAUCAAUUACAGCAGCAACAGCAGCAGACGCGGCUCGGUACAGUGACUGUACCGCAGCAGCAACAUCAGCUCCAGCAAACGCAACUCGUAAACCACCAUCACCGUCAGCAGAUACAGCAGCCACCGAUGAAACGGGCAAGGCUCGACAUUAACUACUCCAUAUCGCCCUCCUCGAAUGGAACUGCCAGCCUGGUGAAUGUCAUUUCCACCCGCCAACCAACGGUAAUGCACGGUAGUGGCAACAACUCGGUCACCGUGACACCCGUCAACGGUGGUAACGGUGUGAUGAGCUUUCAGCAACACUUUCAACAGCAGCAACUAAGACAACAGCAACAACACCAGCAAGGUACGAUCCGGCGGAAAGUACCGAUCAUCACACGGUUGGCUUAAGCCACAAACGUACACCGCAUACUUACUGACCAUUAGACGGUAACUUUUGAUCUGGUUGAUGUUGCUACCACAAUGCGGGUAAGUUGCACUCAACCCCUUCCCAAUUGCGCUGGUGGUGUUUGGUUCGGUUUUGCAAUAGGCCGAAACUAUGUCUUUAAAUUAACUCGCUAACAUUAAGAGAGCAAGAUGAAGAAAAUACGGUCGCCACGCAAAAAGCUAUCAAACUUGGAAGAAGCUAUUGUACAGCUGAUAUACUGCAUCAUAUACGUGUGCGUCGUCCCACUUAGUGUGAUCAUCCAUUCAUUAUCGUUCGCGCGUUAUUUCGUACAAUCGUACAGCAAACCUGUACAACAAAAACUUAUGUACAGUAGUAGUAAUAGAUAGGAGCUAAGCAAAAAAGGAACAAACAAUACAAAAACAAUCAGCAUCAAUUCAACUUUUUGCUUUACAGAACCUCGGUGGUGGGAGUAAAGUGAUCAUUUGGUAUAAGAGAACAAAACACAAAAACUAAUUCACUGCCAGGAGGAACGAGGGGGGCACCCGCACCUGUCAAUCCGUAGAAGUGUCGUUCCUCAGAGUAAAAAAAGCAGACUUAACAAAAUCAAAAAACACCACAAUUUCUUCAAAAAAGAAAAUAUAGAUCUCUUCUAAGCGUUGCCGUUUGUCCAGCUUUAGGGUGGGUGAUAAAAGCAAUAGAGAAAGCAAUCCCACACACAACACACAACAUAACAAGAUCAAACAAUCAUUAUUGUGAUUGCAAAUGGAAACAUCAAUACAUCAAUAAUGCAUCGACUAACGAAAGCAAAAACAACGUACAAGAAUAUUCGAUUACUGCAGUUAGUUCUGUACGGUUGUCGUUCAGAACCAAGUGUCACUAAUCGGUUUGUUAAUACGCCCGUAUGUGCUACGCAAUCGCAGAGAUGUCUUCUUUCGGAGACGAUCAUAAACACAAAACUCGAUACCAAUCGUAUACCUGAUUAAGUACGUACAAUCGCGCUUCUUGUGCAUGCUAAUAUGAACCCUGGCAACAGGCCCACCCGCGGUUCGUUUCGUUUUGGUUGUUAUAUUUAGGGUUUCGGAAGGAUAGGAAGAACACAGAGCACAAAACGGGAGGGACAAUUUUCCUCGUUGUUUUUCCCCUGUACAACACAUGUGUACGUCUAGAUGCAAAAUUGCCAGAACAGUAUUUACCAAACACAGCCGACAACAACGUCGGUCGGGUGUUGUUGCCGUGGAGGGAGGGUGAUAUUUGGGAUUAGAUUUUUCGAUUCAAUUUUUUGAGUUUGGUUUUUCUGAUGAGAGGAUGUUUAUUUCUAUUUUACUUGUUAUAUGGUGUACCAACUCAUCCAACGACCAAACUCGAUCGCGCACCACGAAGAAGUGUUUCUUUAGGUGAAGCUAAGUAAUGUUUGAAAAUUGAAAUGAAAAAUCAAUCAAUCAAAUGAAAAACAAUAUGGUACAAGUAUUAUAAAGAGAGAGAAAGAGAGAGAGAUGUAGGGAGAGUUGGAGAGACAGAGAUCUCGUCAUUAAGUUCGAGCAGUACAUUAGAUAAGAAUAAACGAACGAACAAAAAAAGAAGAUAAAACAAAAAGAAAAAAAAACAGGAUCAGAUAAUGCUCUGUGAAAAUGGCUAUAAGAACGUUAUAUUAAAUUAAACUCCAGCAGCAGUACAAAUUGUGUCUCGUUUAAUUAGGAUUUGUUUGUGUAGGGGAAGGCGGCGUGCAUUCGUCCUAAAGCACACUCGUGAAAGCGCGUCACUCUCGAUGCAAGUGCGAGCGUUUUCUCGUGUGUCCUUUACACACGACAACACGAUUAAGUUUAGUAUAAUUAAUUGGCCUGAAGUUGUGUACUCAAAUUAUUAUUAUUUUAUUUAAGAGCAGGACAAUUAAGCACGAACCUGAAAAGCAAAAAAAUAGAAGCCUGGUCGCGCGUAUGAUAAUUUCUAUUGGCCAAACUGGGUUUGGUGGUAAUACAAUUAUUUUAUGCUUGUUUUAUUUUUAAUUCGCACCCCACCACAAGCUCUAGAACGAUCAGUUUUUAAAUGUUUAAGCACAAAGCGUAAUUUCUGCUUCACUGUACAGUACAACGAUGGGGGGACACAUACAAAUUAGGCUUCCGGAAUUCUCGGAAUAACCUUAUGCAACUUAUGUUUCGAUGCUGCUUCGACGGGGGGAGUAAGAGAAAAAGCAUUUACAAAACAUAUAACACGAGGAUGUCACAAUCAAGUGGAAAGCAUUAGCCGGGGGUGUGCGUUGUUGAAGCACCCAGUUACAAAUAUAACUCUUCGCCGUAAAUGGGCUGGUGAGGAAGAAUGAUGUGAUGUGAAAAUUGAGUAACGAUAGGCAUUUUUAUUUGUUUUAAGAACCAUGAAAUUACACACAGCUGUACUGUAAGAUGUAAAAUAGUUUUCUAGUGUAAGAAUGGGCAACAACAGCAACAGGAGCAGGUUGGGAGAAACAUACAUUUUUGUAUCAAAAAUAAUAUACUUUUAAAGGAGGGACAAUUGAACGCGGGGUAGCCGGGGAGAGAUGUGGUGGAGAAAGAAGAAAAAAAAACAUUUAAAAAACCACAAAACAAUUUGAAAAAAAUA